UACCUAUUCUCUUUGGUUUUUGACAAAGCCAUUUUAAUUUGAUCUAAAGAUAAAGCUAAACUUUGCCCUAUUUUAGGAAAUUGUCAACAUAAAAUGCUUAUGCAAUGAGCGAUGGCCGUCCUGUAAGUGGUCAACUGAAGAAAUUUGUGUUUCGCGGGAAAUCUUCUAGCAACGGGGACACAAGAGGUGAAUACUUAGAAAUUGUUAUACCGGAGUUAUUAUCAGCUGGGUAUUCAUUCUACACGUGGCCCUCAGCACCUCUUUUAGCUUGGUAUUUGUGGACUCAAAGAAGAAACUUACGUGGUUUACGUAUUUUAGAGCUCGGCUGUGGUACUGGUUUACCUGGAAUCUUAGCAGCUAAGUGCGGUGCUCACGUGACUCUUACAGAUAGUGUUGUUCUACCUCGCUCGUUGAGGCACUUGUCGGCUUGCUGUGAGGCCAAUGGUUUAGUUCCCGGUCGUGAUUUACAAGUUCUAGGACUAGCCUGGGGACUUUUUUUGGCCGAUGUACAUAACUUAAGACCUGUAGACUUAUUACUUGCUUCUGAUUGUUUUUACGAACCUUCUCAAUUCGAAGAAGUACUUUCAACUGUCGCUUAUUUUUUGGACGGAACUGACGCACGAUUUUUGUGUGCUUACCAGGAGCGGAGCGCAGAUUGGUCAAUUGAGGCUCUACUGAAGAAGUGGGGACUGAAAGGCGCACUUGUGGAUUUGGAUUCGCUGAGUGAGAGUUCUGGUUUGGUAGUUUUAAUAAUGGCUGGGGCACUUUCAUACAGUUCUGACUCUGAUUUCUCAGAUGACGAUCAGACUCCACUAGAUAAGGAUUUUUUUGAUGCCUGUAAUCAUGUUUUGGGGAUUACUUCAAAGCUGAAGGAUAGUCAGCUUCUGGAGCUAUAUGGCUUCUACAAGCAAAGUAUGGAAGGGAAAUGCACUACUCAAAAACCAGGUUGGUUAGAUGCCAGAGGCAGAAGAAAAUGGGAGGCUUGGAAAAUUCUCGGUGAUCUUUCUAGCGAUGAAGCUAAAAUAAAAUAUAUAGAUCUAGUUCAGAAAUUUGAUCCUAAGUGUAAACUUGGGGUACGAAGUGGAUUACAUGAAACAUGGGUCACAAUGUCCUCAUUGCGGUACUCCCCAGAACCUGAACUUGUGGAUCAUGAAAUGUCAUUGUUUGAUGCAGCAAGGGAGAACAUAGGAAAACUUGUUACAAAAUUUUUAAGUGAAAACCCUGAGUUGUGUAAUGAGAGGGAUGAGAAUGGUUUGACAGCUUUACAUUGGGCUGCUGACAGAGAUGCUACUAAUGCAUUAACCGCUGCUUUAAAUGGGGGUUGCUAUGUUAAUGCCCUGGACAAAUCUAAACAGACAGCUCUCCAUUAUGCUGCAUUAUGUGGCCAUGUCAGAUCCACACAAAUCCUAUUAGAAGCCGGGGCUUCAUUUCUGAAGGACGAUGAAGGCUUUACUCCAUUGGAUCUAGCCACAGACGAAGUCAGAAUCAUUCUGGAAAAUGCUACAUAAUGUCUUAGUCUAUAAAUUUGUGUCUAUGUCAUUUAAAAUUAAAAAAUACUUUAUAUCUUAUUCAUUGUAGUUAUUAUAAAUAAAUGUUAGUGCUAA